AUGUCCAAAAUUGCCAACGAGCCCAUCGCCAUCGUCGGCAUGGGCUGCCGCUUCGCUGGCGACGCCACCAGCCCGUCGAAACUCUGGGGCCUCCUAUCUUCUCCCCAUGAGGUGGCGCAGGACAUACCACCUACACGCUUCAACAUCGACCGCUUCUAUCACCCCAACCCCACGCAUCAUGGCACCACGGCUACCAAGCAGGCAUACCUCCUCAGCGAGGAUGUGCGCCUCUUCGACACAAAAUUCUUCGCCAUCCCACCCGCCGAGAGCGAGGUCAUCGACCCCCAACAGCGCCAGUUGCUCGAGGUCGUCUACGAGGCCCUCGAGUCGGCUGGCCUGGCGUCCGACAGACUCGCCGGCAGCGACACGGCGUGUUUCGUGGGCCUCAUGUCACAGGAGUACUUUGCCCUUCAGGGCCAGGAUGUGAACAUGGUGCGCACGUAUGCUGGGACAGGCACAGCCGCCAGCAACGCAUCGAGUCGCGUGUCGUACUUCUUCGACUGGCACGGGCCGUGUAUGACUAUCGACACGGCGUGCUCAUCGAGCAUGGUCGGCGUGAAUGAGGCCGUGCAGGCUCUCCGUAACGGCUCCAGCCGCGUCGCCGUCGCCUGCGGGACAAACUUGGUCCUGUCCCCGUUGUCCUUCAUCACUCUCAGCAAGCUCAACAUGCUCUCGCCUACCGGCCGCUGUCGCAUGUGGGACGCCGAUGCCGAUGGGUAUGCGCGUGGCGAGGGCGUCGCCGCUAUCGUGCUCAAGACUUUGAGCUCAGCUUUGGAGGAUGGUGAUGAGGUCCUUAGCGUCAUCCGCGAGAUUGGCGUCAAUCACGACGGGAGGACCAAGGGUCUUACUAUGCCGAGCUCAGCUGCCCAGGCGGCUUUGAUCCGGCAGACGUACGCCAAGGCCGGACUGGACUUGACCAAGCGGUCCGAUCGCUGUCAGUUCUUCGAGGCGCACGGCACCGGUACCGCCGUCGGUGAUCCACAAGAGGCCGAGGCCAUUUGCUCGGCCAUGUUCUCCUCCAAAUCGGAUCCGGAUCUGGAAGAGAUUCUGGUCGGGUCCAUUAAGACCGUCGUCGGCCACACCGAGGGAACCGCGGGCGUGGCCGGGCUCAUCAAAACAACACUGGCCCUCCGUGAGGGCAUAGUGCCCCCGAACCUUCUUUUCAACCGCUUGAACCCGGCCUUGGAACCCUUUGUCGACCACCUGCGCAUUCCCACCUCGUGUGAGCCGUGGCCCGAAGUGCUCGAAGGAGGCGUGCGCAGAGCUAGUGUCAACAGUUUCGGCUUUGGCGGAUCCAACGCUCAUGUUAUCCUGGAAAGCUUCACUGGAAACAACGACAGGAAAGGUGGCAAAGACCAAAACUCGUCGACUUUUUCGGUCCCCGUUCCGUUCAUCUUCUCGGCGGCGUCGAAAACCUCGCUCUCAACACUACUUCGAGGCGCCGUGGGCUACCUCGAGAAGCACACCGCCGAUGACGAAGUGGUCGACAUGUCGGCACUCGCGUACACCCUCAGCACCAAACGGUCAGCACUCUCCCAACGUGUCGCCAUCCCUGCCGUCUCGGCGGACCAACUCCUCCAGAAGAUAAAAGCAGCUCUCGAGGCAGAUGAUGACUACGCCGUGCAGGCCAUCUCCUCAAGCACCACAGAGUCAGACGCACCAGGCCUCCUAGGCGUCUUCACAGGCCAGGGUGCGCAGUGGCCCGCCAUGGGCGCAAACCUGAUUGCCACAGUCCCCAUGGCGCGUGAGAUACUGCGUCAACUGGACUCAUCACUCGCUGCCCUUCCUGCCGACCACAGGCCUGAUUGGACUUUGCUCCACGCCCUCUCGCCGAAGAACGACGAGAACGACGGCAACGGUGAUAUCUGGCAAUCCCGCGUCAACGAAGCCGCCUUUUCGCAGCCCCUCUGUACCGCCGUGCAAAUUGUACUCGUCGACCUCCUCCACGCCGCCGGGGUCAAGUUCCGCGCUGUGGUGGGCCACUCGUCGGGCGAGAUCGCCGCAGCGUAUGCCGCCGGCUUCCUGACCGCCACAGAUGCAAUUCGUAUAGCCUACUAUCGCGGCUUCUUCGCCACGAAGCUCGCCGUGGGGCUGGGAGGCAAGAUGGUGGCCGUUGGCACGAGCCUCGAAGAUGCCGAGGAGCUGUGUCAGCUAGACGAUUUUGCCGGCAAGCUUUCGGUGGCUGCCCAUAACGCUCCCAGCAGUGUCACGCUUUCGGGUGACGCUGAGGCCGUGAUUCAAGCCGAGUCGGUUUUCCUCGAGGAGAAGAAGUUUGCGAGGGUACUGAGGGUGAAUACGGCGUAUCACUCGCAUCACAUGAUGGUUUGCGCAGAUGCCUACCUGGCGGCUCUGACCGAGUGUGGAGUGAAAGUCCAGCAGCCGGCCGAAGGAAAUGCAAUGUGGUUCUCGAGUGUCUUUGACGGACAACAGGUCAGCAGCAGUACGAAGCUGGGACAGAGCCUGAGCGGGCAGUAUUGGGUUGACAACAUGACCAAGCCUGUACUCUUUUACACGGCCAUCGAGUCGUGUCUGACGGCGGCGACGUUUGAUACGAAUGCUAUUAUGGGGGUGUUGGAAGUUGGACCACACCCAGCUCUCCAGGCGCCCGCCACCGAGUCCAUUCUCCAAGUAUGCGGCAAGGAAUUGCCUUACUCGGGCACCCUGAGGCGCGGUCAGGACGACGUCGAGUCCUUUUCCCAAGCCCUGGGAUAUCUCUGGACGCGCUUCGGCCCCGGCUGCGUCAACCUGGGACGGUUCCAGGAAGCAUGCCAACAACAAUCUUCGUCAUCAGUACUCCACGACCUCCCGUCCUACCCUUGGAACCACGACCGCGUGCUCUGGGCCGAAUCCCGCCUCGCCAAGCUCUUCAGCAAGAAUCCCGGCCGUCCCCACGACCUUCUGGGGCUCGACAUGGCCGAGGGCACCGUCGAGGAGAUGCGUUGGCGUAACGUGCUCAAGAUCAACGAGCUCAAGUGGCUCGCCGGCCACUCGUUGCAGGGCCAAAUCGUCUUCCCGGCCACUGCGUAUAUUGCCAUUGCCAUGGAGGCCGCCAUGCAAAUGGUGGGGAUGACUGGAGGAGCGGAAACCUCGGUACAGUCAAUUGAUCUCCUGGACCUGCGGAUUCCCAAGGCAAUUGCUUUGAACGAUUCAGGGACAGAGCUGGUGACGUCCAUGACGCAUAUCAAGCGCAGCGAGAAUGUUAUCACGGCCGAGUUCAACGCCUUUUCUACCACGGGCACGGCAUCCAUGGCGUUGAACUGCACCGGUCAUGUCCGGAUCAUGCUUGGAGCCAACAGCAGCACCAACGGCCUCGACCAAAAAGAAGCCGACCAAGAACAACAAGGGAAAGAAGAAGAAGAAGCAGAGGCAGAGACAACAACAGGGCCAUCGCGCUUCGCAGCCCGAGACGCACCUCAAGGCCACCUCUCCACCAUCGACGUCGACAGGUUUUACCAAGUCCUCCGCGACGACUUUGGCUUCGGCUACGACGGCGCCUUCCACGGCCUCACGAGCAUUCAGCGCAAGACAAACUACGCCACGGCCACCAUUCGCAACCCGGUCUUCGAGAAGGGCGAGACCCGGCUGCUGUUCCACCCCGGCAUGCUCGACAGCGCACUGCAGGGUCUCAACGCCGCUUACAGUGCCCCUGGAGACGGUCGGCUGUGGUCCAUCGUGGCUCCCACCGCGGUACGGCGCAUCACCUUGGUUCCUGAGUUGUGCGGUGAGGAGAUGACGGACGAGGUGCUCAUCGACUGCACCAUCACCGACCCGCGGCCCAACUGUGUCACGGGCGAUGUUAACGUGUUCUUGUCGUACCCAUGCCAAGAAUCUGAAGAAGGUGUCAGCGAUAAGAAGAUCACAAAGCAAUGCAUCGAGGUCGAGGGCAUCACCUUUUCCCCCUUCGCCGCCGCCACCAAGGACGAUGACCGCCUCCUAUUCCAGGAAGCCUUCCUCACCCUUGACAAGCCCGAUGCCACGCUCAUCUACGGUGACCGAAAGGCCACACCACGGGAGGCCCAAAAGGCCCUUGACGCCGAAAGGGCCGCCUUCUUCUAUCUCAAGAACUUGCACCUCACCAUUGACGCCGAGAAGCGCACCGAACUGCCAUCCUACCGACAGGCCCUCCUUUCCAACGCCGAGCGCAUCUACAACCGUGUCAAGGACGGCCAGCACCCAUUCGUUCCCGCCGAGUGGAUAUCCGACACGAAAGAGGAUAUCGUGGAGCUGAUGGACUCAUACGGGAGCGAUGACGCUGACUUCAACCUCACGCGCGCCGUGGGCGAUAAUCUAACCCUGCCCACCAUCCUGAGCGGCGAGUCGAGCAUCCUGGAGCACAUGACGCAGAACAACCGCCUGGACAAGUACUACACAGACGCCAUCGGGUUCGAAAUGCUCAACGGACUCAUCUCGGGCGUUGCCGAACAGCUGUGCAAUAAGUACCCGCACAUGCGCAUGCUCGAGGUCGGCGGCGGCACCGGAGGCGCCACGCAGGCGAUCUUCGGACGCAUCGGCAGCGCCUUUGCAUCGUACACGUACACGGACAUCUCAAGUGCCUUCUUCGGCUAUGCGGCGCAGAGGUUCGCAGCGCAAGCCCAUAAGAUGCUGUUCAAGACGCUCGACAUCAGCCAGGACCCGACGAAGCAGGGGUUCAAGAAGCACAGCUACGACAUCGUGUUCGCGAGUAACGUGCUGCACGCGACCGAGUCGUUGAAGACGUCGGUCGAGCACGCGAGGCAGCUGCUGAGGCCGGGAGGAUACUUGGUCAUGGUUGAGAUCAUCCGGAAUGAUGUGUUGAGACAUGGCCUCGUCAUGGGCGGCCUCCCGGGCUGGUGGGUAGGUGAGAAGGAUGGCCGAAUCGGAGGGCCCAGUAUCACGCUUGAGGAGUGGGAUGCCGUCCUCCGGGAGACUGGAUUCGAUGGCAUUGAGACGAACUCGCCCAUGCUGGAUCCCGUCGGCGUUCCUGGUGCCGUCAUCGUCGCUCAGGCAUCCACCGAGCAGGUUCAGAUUUUGAAGAAUUCUCUCACGGCCAUUGACGGGAGCUCCGAGGUUGCUACUGCUACUCGUACUGGUCCUACACUGGUUCUGCUGGGAUCAGGCAAGGAAUCGUCCUCAUCAUCCGCAUUUUUAUCCAAUCUCUGCGACCAGCUCUCCUCUUUGAUCCAGGCUCACUUCUCCCAAAUCAUCCACCUAACGCGGCUCGAGGAUCACGACAGCAUUGUCUCCCAGUUGCCAAAGGAAGACGUCCACGUCAUCAGUCUUGUCGAGCUCGAGGGUUCUAACAUCUUCGAGGAUGCGUCGGAGCCCGCCUUUCUCGGCCUCAAAGCCAUUCUCUCCUCGGCCCAAACGGUGCUGUGGCUGCUGACGGGCGAUGGUGGUAACAACCCGUACGCCGGCAUCACCGUGGGCUUGUUCCGGACGCUUUUCUUCGAGCUGCCGGGCACACUCUUGCAGACACUGGAUCUGGGCAAGAAGGUCGACCGAAGUGGUGACAUUGAUGAAGUUGACAAGCUAUCCUCCAUGGUGGCCGAGUUGUCACUGCGCCUCCGCACACUGGGAGACACGGCCAGACGCGGAGGAACGGCACAUGAAGGACGCGUAGAGGACGGUGGUGCGAUUGGCGACCAGGUCCUCUGGAAUUUUGAGCCGGAGCUGGUGCUUGAUGAGAGCGGACGACUGCGUGUACCACGCGUGCGUCCCCAUGACGAACAAAACGCUCGCUACAACUCGGCCAAGAGACAGAUAACCAAGAUGGUCGACUUGAACGACCAUGAUACCGUCCUCGAGGUGCGCCGGACUGAGACGUCGUACGCGCUGCAGGAGCUCCACGAGGUCGACCGCCUCGGCAAAUUUGAUGACAUCUGCACCGUCCGCGUCUCGUGCUCGCUCCUGUCAACCGUCAAGACGCCGGCCGGCUUCGUCUUCGUCAGUUACGGCACCGACGUGAAGACUGGUGAGAAGAGGCUCUGCUUCUCCGACAAGAACGCAUCUACACUUACGAUGCCACUAUCGUGGACAGUAGCGGUCGAGAACAACGAUGAAGUGGACGUAGAAGGUCUCGACGUGCAGUUGAUGAUGUUCGUCACUGCGGAUCUCCUGGCACAGCAGUUGCUAGUCAUGUUGCCGCCGAUCGGCACCGUUCUCGCGUACGAGCCCGAUCCCAUCAUCUCGAACCUGUUGACCAGCGAGCUGGGUCGUAGGGGGCGCAAGGCCGUCUUCGUCACGUCAAACCCCGACCUCCACGCACAGCGGCCGGACUGGGUGUAUCUUCACCCUCACAGCUCCAAGCGCGACAUUGAUCAGGUCAUGCCGCCUGAUGUGACGCUUUAUGUCGACGCUUCUUCCAUGGGCCACAGGGAUGACAAUAGCGACAACGGCUUGGGGCCCCAGAUCGCCCACUCCCUGCCUCGCGUCUGCGACCGCAUCAGCUUUUCGAGCCUCAUGGCCGACGAGGCCUCCCCGCUACUCUGUUCUCCUGCCGUGACUGACAGCAAUAUUGACAACACGGCCCCCGAAUCCAUCCAACGUCUCCUGAAGACCGCCUCCUCCAACGCUUUGCGGCGUCUAGGCUCCAUCUACGACUGGGAGCCUCUCGAUAUCCUGGGUCUCCCACAGGUUGUGUCCCCUCUUGCCCGCCCCAAGCCAAACUCGCUCGUCUACUGGUCGUCGGACCGCCCCGUGGCUGUGUCGGUGGCCCCUAUACUAGAGUGGCGAAAAGAUCUGUUCCGGUCCGAUCGAACGUACUGGCUCGCGGGGCUUUCGGGCGAUGUGGGAAGGAGCAUGGCAGACUUCAUGGUGGAGAAUGGCGCGCGGUAUAUUGCAUUGAGUAGCCGGACACCCAAGGUGGAAGAAGGGUGGGUGGCGUGGCACAAGAAGAGGGGUUCUACGAUUUCGUAUUUCUCCGGUGACGUUACCAACUGGGAAUCCAUGAAUCAGACCUACGAUGCCAUCACAACAAGUAUGCCCCCCAUCAGCGGCGUGGCCAACGGUGCCAUGGUUCUCCGCGAUGUAUCCCUCAUCACCAUGACCUUUGAAGACUUCAUCACUGUGCUUCGACCCAAGGUCCAAGGCACCCUGAACCUCGACCGGCUUUUCUCCUCGCCGGAGCGCGAGCUCGACUUCUUCAUUUGCUUCAGCUCUAUCGCCGGCACCCUCGGCAACCCGGGACAGUCCGCCUACAGCGCCGGCAACUGCUUCAUGAAGUCCCUCGUCCGCUGUCGACGCAACAGAGGUCUUCCGGGCGCCGCCAUCGAUAUUGGCCGCCUCGUCGGCGUCGGCUACAUUGAGCGUGAGAGCUCGGGUCGAUUGACCAAGGAGCAUCAGACAAGACUCCAGACGAGGUCCGGUGCCGUGCCCAUGAGCGAGACGGACCUGCACCAGCUGUUUGCCGAGGCCAUCAUUGCCGGCCGCCCACCUUCCCCUUCCUCUGCUCCCUGUUCCUACAGCGACAGCUCGGAGCUCAUUUCCAGCAUCGUACCCAUCACCACCGAGCAGGCCAAGCAAGCCUACUGGUCCAGCAACCCGCGCCUCGGCUUGCUGAUCCGAGAGAUGGGACAGCAGCUCUCCGGCAGCGGCGGCGGCGGCAACGGCAACGCCGUGCCCGUGCGACAGCUGCUCGAGGCGGCCAAGACCAUGGGCCAGGUCGAGAGCAUCCUGCUGGCCACCUUCAAGGUCAAGCUACAGGCGCUCAAGUUCCUGCCUGACGCCGACAGCAUCUACGACGCGACGCCUCUCGUGGAGAUGGGCGUCGACAGCCUGGUGGCCGUCGAGAUGCGCUCGUGGUUCCUCAAGGAGCUGGGCGUAGAUGUGCCGGUCAUGACGAUCCUGGGUGGUGCGUCGAUCGCGGACCUGGUGCGUCUCGUGGUCGACAAGCUGCCGGCGGAGCUGCUUGAGCGCGUCGGUGGCCGUCCUGCCCCGACUACCCCGAGCGUGACGUCGUCCAGCAACGAGAGUACGAGCGGGAGUGUUGAUGGGCUGGAUGCAGGUGGCAAAGCUGACACGGAUGUCUCGUCGGUGGCUAGUGUUGAUGAGAAGGAUGAGAAGAAACCUGGUGUGUCUGAGAUUAAUGUCGCAUCUGUUAAAGAGAUCAGUACCCAGUAG